CACGGGGCAGGGGGCGGCGCGCCCGGCCUGGGCAGCCCUCCCCUUCCCCAUCACGCGCCCCCGGCCCCGCUGGCUCGGAGGAGGGGGCAGGCCGUCACGUUUCCCCACACCCCUCCCAGUCGCCGCCGCCGGCUUUGGGGCCCUGGUGGGGAGCAGGGGGCUGAUUAGCCGAGGAGCAGGGGUGUGGCCAGCGGGGCCCCGGGUAGUGAGUCACACACGCCGCUCGCCCAGUCCCGGGGCGCAGCGCGGUCCCAGCCCCAGCUGCGUGCCACCCUGGCCCCCGAAGAGUGUCCCCGGACUUGGCAUGAGGACCCCGGGGUGCCGAGGGAGGGGCUGAAGCCCGGCGCGGUGGUGGAGGGCGGACAGAAUGACCGAGAACAUGAAGGAGUGCUUGGCCCAGACCAAUGCAGCCGUGGGGGAUAUGGUGACGGUGGUGAAGACGGAGGUCUGCUCACCACUCCGAGACCAGGAGUAUGGCCAGCCCUGCUCUAGGAGACCGGACUCCUCAGCCAUGGAAGUUGAGCCCAAGAAACUGAAGGGGAAGCGCGACCUCAUCAUGCCCAAAAGCUUCCAGCAAGUGGACUUCUGGUUCUGUGAGUCCUGCCAGGAGUACUUCGUGGAUGAAUGCCCAAACCAUGGCCCCCCGGUGUUUGUGUCUGACACACCGGUGCCCGUGGGCAUCCCAGACCGGGCGGCGCUCACCAUCCCACAGGGCAUGGAGGUGGUCAAGGACACUAGUGGAGAGAGUGAUGUGCGAUGUGUAAACGAGGUCAUCCCAAAGGGCCACAUCUUCGGCCCCUAUGAGGGGCAGAUCUCCACCCAGGACAAAUCAGCUGGCUUCUUCUCCUGGCUGAUUGUGGACAAGAACAACCGCUAUAAGUCCAUAGAUGGUUCAGACGAGACCAAAGCCAACUGGAUGAGGUACGUGGUCAUCUCCCGGGAGGAGAGGGAGCAGAACCUGCUGGCGUUCCAGCACAGUGAGCGCAUCUACUUCCGGGCGUGCAGGGACAUCCGGCCUGGGGAGUGGCUGCGGGUCUGGUACAGCGAGGACUACAUGAAGCGCCUGCACAGCAUGUCCCAGGAAACCAUCCACCGCAACCUGGCCAGAGGAGAGAAGAGGUUGCAGAGGGAGAAGUCUGAGCAGGUUCUGGAUAACCCAGAAGACCUGAGGGGUCCCAUUCAUCUCCCUGUGCUGAGACAGGGAAAAAGUCCCUACAAGCGUGGCUUUGAUGAGGGGGAUGUACACCCCCAAGCCAAGAAGAAGAAAAUUGACCUGAUUUUCAAGGAUGUUCUGGAGGCCUCACUGGAAUCUGCAAAGGUGGAAGCCCACCAGUUGGCCCUGAGCACCUCACUGGUCAUCAGGAAAGUCCCCAAGUACCAGGAUGACGCCUACAGUCGGUGUGCAACAACAAUGACCCAUGGUGUGCAGAAUAUAGGCCGGACCCAGGGGGAGGGGGACUGGAAGGUCCCCCAGGGGGUCUCCAAGGAGCCAGGCCAGUUGGAGGAUGAAGAAGAGGAGCCUUCAUCAUUCAAGGCCGACAGUCCUGCCGAGGCCUCCCUUGCAUCUGACCCUCAUGAACUUCCCACCACCUCUUUUUGCCCUAACUGUAUUCGCCUAAAGAAGAAGGUUCGGGAGCUCCAGGCAGAAUUAGACAUGCUUAAGUCUGGGAAACUUCCUGAGCCCCCUGUAUUGCCACCACAGGUACUGGAGCUCCCAGAGUUCUCGGACCCUGCAGCCUCAGAGAGCAUGGUCUCCGGCCCCGCCAUCAUGGAGGACGAUGACCAGGAAGUUGAUUCAGCAGAUGAAUCUGUCUCCAAUGAUAUGAUGACUGCGACGGAUGAGCCCUCCAAGAUGUCAUCAGCCACCGGGCGCCGAAUCCGGCGCUUUAAGCAGGAAUGGCUGAAGAAGUUCUGGUUCCUGCGGUACUCCCCCACCCUCAAUGAGAUGUGGUGCCACGUCUGCCGCCAGUACACGGUGCAGUCCUCACGCACCUCAGCCUUCAUCAUCGGCUCUAAGCAGUUUAAGAUUCACACCAUCAAACUGCACAGCCAGAGCAACCUGCACAAGAAGUGCCUGCAGCUGUACAAGCUCCGCAUGCACCCAGAGAAGACAGAGGAGAUGUGUCGCAACAUGACCCUGCUCUUCAACACCGCCUACCACCUGGCCUUGGAGGGCAGGCCCUACCUGGACUUCCGGCCCCUGGCGGAGCUGCUGAGGAAGUGUGAGCUCAAGGUGGUGGACCAGUACAUGAACGAGGGAGACUGCCAGAUCCUCAUCCAUCACAUUGCCCGGGCCCUGCGGGAAGACCUGGUGGAGCGCAUCCGCCAAUCACCUUGCCUCAGCAUCAUCCUGGAUGGGCAGAGCGAUGACCUGCUGGCUGACACUGUGGCUGUCUAUGUUCAGUACACCAGCAGUGAUGGGCCCCCGGCCACAGAGUUCCUGUCCCUGCAGGAGCUGGGAUUCUCUAGCACAGAAAGCUAUCUCCAGGCACUUGACCGGGCUUUCUCGGCCUUGGGCAUCCGGUUGCAGGAUGAAAAGCCAACUGUUGGCUUGGGUGUAGACGGAGCCAACAUCACAGCCAGCCUCCGUGCCAGCAUGUUCAUGACCAUCCGCAAGACGCUGCCCUGGCUGCUGUGCCUGCCCUUCAUGGUGCACCGGCCCCACCUGGAGAUCCUGGAUGCCAUCAGUGGGAAGGAGCUCCCGUGCCUGGAGGAGCUGGAGAACAACCUGAAGCAGCUGCUGAGCUUCUACCGCUACUCACCGCGCCUCAUGUGCGAGCUGCGGUCCACGGCGGCCACCCUCUGUGAGGAGACGGAGUUCCUGGGGGAUAUCCGGGCAGUGCGGUGGAUCAUCGGUGAGCAGAACGUCCUCAACGCUCUCAUCAAGGACUACCUGGAGGUGGUGGCCCAUCUCAAGGAGGUCAGCAGCCAGACCCAGCGGGCAGACGCCUCGGCCAUCGCACUGGCCCUGCUGCAGUUCCUCAUGGACUACCAGUCCAUCAAGCUCAUCUACUUCCUGCUGGACGUGAUCGCUGUGCUCUCGCGCCUGGCCUACAUCUUCCAGGGCGAGUACCUGCUGGUGUCUCAGGUGGAUGACAAGAUCGAGGAGGCCAUCCAAGAGAUCAGCCGGCUGGCUGACUCCCCGGGAGAAUACCUGCAGGAGUUCGAGGAGAAUUUCCGAGAGAGCUUCAACGGGAUCGCCAUGAAGAACCUCAGGGUGGCUGAAGCCAAGUUCCAAUCCAUCAGGGAGAAGAUCUGCCAGAAGACCCAGGUCAUCCUGGCUCAGAGGUUUGACUCCCGCAGCCGGAUCUUUGUGAAGGCCUGCCAGGUGUUUGACCUGGCUGCCUGGCCCAGGAGCAGUGAGGAGCUAAUGAGCUAUGGCAAGGAGGAUAUGGUGCAAAUAUUUGAUCACCUGGAGGCCAUCCCGACCUUUUCCCGGGAUGUCUGUAGGGAAGGGCUGGACCCCCGGGGUAGUCUGUUGAUGGAGUGGCGAGAACUCAAGGCCGAUUACUACACCAAAAAUGGCUUCAAAGACCUGAUCAGCCACAUUUGCAAGUACAAACAGAGGUUUCCACUCUUGAACAAGAUCAUCCAGGUUCUUAAAGUCCUCCCCACUUCCACCGCUUGCUGCGAGAAAGGCCGCAAUGCCCUCCAGCGAGUUCGCAAAAACCACCGCUCCCGCCUGACCCUGGAGCAGCUUAGCGACCUGUUGACAAUCGCUGUAAAUGGACCGCCAAUCGCCAGCUUUGAUGCCAAGCGAGCCCUGGACAGCUGGUUUGAGGAGAAGUCUGGGAACAGUUACGCGCUGUCCGCAGAAGUCCUCAGUAGGAUGUCUGUGCUGGAGCAGAAGCCAGCGCUACAGACCAUGGACCACGGGACGGAGUUUUACCCCGAUAUUUAGGGAGCUGGCGCUGCAGAGUUCACUAAGCUGUUGAAUAUUUUUUUAAUCUAUACUCAUAAGCUUUGAUAUAUUAUAUAAAUAUAUAUUAUAUUAUAUUAUAUAUAUAUAUAUAUAUAUAUAAACUCACACUGAAAAUUUUUAGAAACCAAGGUGACGCGUCCACCAGAAGCCACUGGGAGCUUUCAGAAAGGAAAAAUGUUGGAAACUGACUCUUGUCUACAAAAUUUGGCAGCUGCAACAUACAUGGCAACUCAUUUUCACUCACAGAAGCACGUGCUGGGGCCUCCUGUGUUCCCAUCUUACUGUCCACCAACAGCAUAAGCUAAAAUGACAGGUCUCUGUCAUCACCUUUAGGUAGCUCAUUUUGUUUAUGUUUUCAUUUUCGGGUGGCGGGGCUCUGGGUUUGGGUUUAUGUUCUUGCCUUUUCUUUUUUCAUUUGGUUUUAUGAUGGGAGGGAGCUCCUCGGCCUCCUCAUUGACAUUCUGGUCCGGCUGAAUCAGAUCUCUGACUUAAGUCAGGGUGGGUUGUCUGUCUGCAUUUGGGAGGUGGGGGGGGUUGACCUUUCUCCCUCCCCACCUGACUUCAGCUUGAGAUCUUUUUUUAUUCAUUUCCUGAUAAGGGUUCCUUCACUGUCCUACAAACAAAAGUGUCGGUCAAACUGUGACACUGCCACACCUCACCUCUGUUGCCUCGUCCAUCCCUGGGUUGUGGAUCCCUUCCUUCCAGCCCCCCUGGAAACUCACAAUAUUACCCAUUAUACUGAAGGCAACAUUGCCUCACCGCCGAGCUUGAAAUGCUGGGGAAGGGAGAAGGGGUAAGCUUUUAGCAUUCCUGUUUUUACGAGGUGGAGGAUAAAACAAUAUAAUUCCAUUCCAAUCCAGGGCUUUUGGGGAGAUGAAGAGCCAAGAAGUCCAGACCCCAACAGGGGAGUGAUUUUUGGCUAAAAAACAAGUAAAAUGAAAAGUACAUAUUCGAGUUACACGGAUUAUUUAUACUUUUUCUUUAUAAUCGUAUCAUGUGUUGAGGGUAUUUUUUUUCCUUUAAUAAUCAAGAAAUGCCUGCUAUAGUUCAGUGGCAGGAGGUGUCAAUGCAAAUUGUGCCCUAAGUUAUGCAUAACUCAAAUGAGAGUCUGUAGAGAUGUGGUCCUCCGUUUGCAACAAGGCUGAUAACAUGCUACAUGGUCAUAGGAAACUGGGGAAUGUGUCUCUGCCUGUAAACUCUUCCUUUUUUGAACAGGGUAGAGAUAUCCUAAAGAAAUGGAGAAAAGAAGAGAGGACUCUCAAAGGCAUCAGCCUACACAGACACACACACACACACACACACACACACACACACAAUCACAAUAUACAAUAUAAGCUUUAGAAAUAGCCACUUGCCUACUCCCUGGGGCAAGUAGUGGUUUAAACUAGAGGAGUCUGAUCAAUGCUCUUUCAUUCAUUUAACUACCGGUAUACCUCGCAAGGGAGUUUUAAAAAAUGUGCGUGAGCUGUUAAAAACUUCUGUUCAUGUUCCUACAUCUGAUUUAUGCAUAUUUUAUAUGCAGAGAUCCUAUCACGUGGAUGCAGGUCAUUUUUGGGGAGGGAGGAAGAUCUGAAUUAUAUACAUGUGGUCAGUUCUGCUGAGAGCUUCAUCUCUUGGUUGUCAGAGGGUGGUGUUAUCUGGCCACAGGCAAGGCCCCAAUGUCUUCAACCUGCUUGGUUCAGACAUUAUAAAACUGUGGUGGCUUCCUUCCUUCUUGGUUUAUGUUGUCUCUGAGGCCUCAUGCCACCGCUGAGAACCAUAGUGGAAAUGUCAUCAACACUGAACAUGUUAUAGCCCUUUCUUGGUCCCACCAGUCCGUUCAUCCCCCACCAAUCCCUUCCCCUUCACUUCCAUGGUCUUGGUGCUAAGAUAACUUUAGAAUCAUUGCUGCUAGUCAAUAGCUUUUCAUUAUAUAAAUAUAUUAUAUAUAUUAUAUAUUAUUUUUGAAACAUUUUUGUUUGUUUUCAACAGUGAUGUAGCAUGUUAAAAAACAAAAAAACAAAAAAAAAAUGGGUUCCUCCAACUGUCCCACUGCCAGGCCUCAUAUGCUGCCUUCUUCAACAAAUCAAUGCACCCCUGCCUGGUGACAUCCACCCCACCUCCCACCCCAGUUGCACACAUGCUUCCCCACCCUCCUCUGAGCAAGAAGACAGUUAGCAGGAUCUAGCAAGGAAAGGCUGAAAGCCCCCUUCUGAGGCUUUGAGGUUCCCACCCCCAUUCCACUUCCCCACUUUAAACUGAUGUCUCUCUCCAUCUGCUCCUCCCAUCAGGGUCAAAACCUAACUAUGGUCAAGUGGGAUGCUGUUGCAAAGCACCAGGUCCCACCUGGCCCAGCCCCAGCCUCGGGACUUCCUCUCCCCUUACACACGCAAACUGCUGUGUCUGGGGAGUUUCACUGAACAUUGCAGAGACUAAGAAGGGUUGAGGGCAGAGAUGGCUGGCAAGAUAGGGCUUGGUGAGGGCAGAAACAGUAGGUUGGGAUCCUUUCUUCUAGCCAACAGUUGCCUUAACACCUUACAUUGGGUAAUGGGUAGGGAGGAGCAGGCUAAGGCUCCUGCUCAUUUGAAAACCAGGAAGAGAGAACCAGUGUCUUCCUGAGCACCUGGUCAAUUGGAGCUACUCUUUUUCCUCUCAAGAGAUCAUGGCCAAAAUGAGCUAAAAUCUUCAGCUAGAAGGGGAAAAGCUUUUGGGCCAGUGCCAGUGCCUACCCUGUAGUUCCUGAGAAAGCUGAGAGCAGGUGACCCGCUUCUGGCCUAGCAGAAUGAGCUGCUAUGCACAGCAUGCAGCUGCAGGGGUCACCUCCUGAGCUGGCCACCAGACUUUGGAAAAGCUAACCUCUCAGGUGGUCUUGAAGUUAGGCUAGGGCAUCCCUAAAACUCUGGGUACUUGUGGCUCCUGCUGAAUUUAGCCAUGCCAGGGCUGUGGCAGACACUCUGUAGGCCACAUUGCCGUGGGACAGGGAAUAAUUUGGGUGAUACACCACUGCAAUUUACACGGGGUCUCUUCUCAGCUUGGAUGCUCCCUGGGAGGCCCAGUGCUUCUGUCCUGUGAAUUCUGCGUGUGAUUACCCAUGAUUUCUGUCAUAGGCAUUUCCCACUCUUCUGCUUGCCUGAGAAGGACUUGGACUGAUGGGACACUCAGGGUCUAGCCCAGGGAGCAUAUGCUUGGCUAACCUAAUCUCCCCUUGAUGUGUAUACAGAACUGUGGAAAAGCAGUUGGUGCAUCCCAAAUAUUGUUACUUCAGACAAGACAGAGCCCUUUAACUCAGCCUCUGGCUUAGGAGUGAUGACUACAGCCUUAGAAUGAAGUGUGUCUCUGGGGCUGAGACUUGGCAUAACUGGGCUGGCUGAUUAGUGACUUUUUUUGGCUCGUAGGGAUGGUGUGAAGUAAGAUCAACCUUGAGGCCCAGGUUUGUGGCCAACUGUGCCAAGGCAAUACCUGGCAGAGCCUGGGAGCCAGAGCCCUUAUGAUUAACAUGAUCUGCUUUUCCUUCAUGGAGGACAAAACAAAAAAUCCACUGCCAUCUAGUAUCUGUGAAACAUGAGGACAGCCCAGUCAUGUCUGUAACUCUUGCCAUGUCAGAAUCCCCAAGUUUUGCCCGCCUGGUUGAAUAUGAGAGUCCAGGCAUCAGAAACAGCAGCCUUAUUUAAUUUAAUUUUUUUAAUGACUGGCCUAUGACACCUUGUGAUUCUAGGCAUAUCCUCAUUUCCUCAUCUUCACUUGGGACUGAGAGCAGGCUCAAGCUCCAGGGUCCCUGGAUGGCAAGGUUCAGUGCUGGGCCCCGGAAUCUGUGGCACUUGGGGGUCUCUGACCUCAGCCUCUGCCACAUGUUUCCAAGUUGAGUUGUUUUGCUGAGGGGGUCCUCCCCUUGAGUUGCUUAUGCCAACCCUUUAAUUUAGGAAAAGUACCUUGUAAUUACUUAAGGUAAUGUUUAAAUGUUUUCCAUUCAUUUGGAGGUGGUGCCAACAUGGGGGAAAGCAUGCAGAAGGCUGGAAACAAUAGCUGAGACCCUGCUGUGAGCCCACAGCCCUGGCCCAGCCGGCACUGAGGGGCUGGUGCCAUGUUACUUGAUCACCUGGAGCCUGAUGGGACCCAGGAGGGGUUGAAGUAUAACUUCCCUCUUCUGGAUCCCCCCUUUCACUUUUCCUUCUACCCUCUCUAGGAAUGGGAGUUCUAGACCUAGGUCUGCUUUUGGCUUUCAGUCUGGGUUGAUUUCCAAGUCGAAUUCAUGCUUUUUCUUGGCCCAUAGGUCCAAUUUUGGCAGAAGGCAUUGGACUUGUGCCCCCUCCCUGCUUCAAGAGGCAGAUCUAGCCAGGCCAGGCUGGAGCAGCUGAAACAGGCAGGCCAGUCCUCCUCAGACAAGAAAGGGGUUUUCAGAGGGCAGUGGUGUGCCCAUUCCAGACACCAGUCUUCUGGGGAGGUGGUGCUGUGUCAUGGGUUCUAGUCUGGCCUCUUCCUUAGUCCUCAGGAGGACCCAAGAGACUGGCACGGCCCUUCUCCUGCUUGGAGGGAAAUCCAUCUCCCACUUGGUGGGGGCCCUUCUCUUGCCGUCUGUUGAUUAGGGUGCUUGAGCUGAGUGGAUGGUGCUGUGAUAUUUUUAAGGAGCCUUUGAGGCAAUCUUUGCAUGUUAGCCAGAGGGAGAAAAAGUGCCCUUUUGGGAGGAAAAUGGUACGCCCCUCCACUUCCAUCUGGCACUCCCUUCCCCCCCACCCCCUCAAGUGGUAUCGCCCUGGAAAUACCUAUGCAAUCCAGUCUCCCUAGGAGAGAGUGCAUGGAAGCAGGGGUAUGUGCAGUGUAGAAUACAGAUGCUACAGCAUAUAUGUUGUAUAUAUGGACAUAUACAGUACGUAUACACACAGAGUAAGAGAGUAAAUCACGUCUAUAUAUCUAUAAAUAAUAUCCUAUAUAUUUAUACAUUUCUAUGUUUUAAAUAGAUAUAAAAAUAGAGUCUAUAGAGCUGUGAGAGCAGUGGGAAGACUGGCGCUGUGUUGUGCAAAGGGGAAGGGAGCACGGCCUUCGGUGAGGGAGCCGGGCAAGGCCAGCAGGCAGGGUUGGCUGGCAAGGGGGCCUCCUACCCGGAGUGUUGGAGAGGAGAGUGGCUGGGUCCCAGCUCGCUCCAUGCACUUUCUCUCCUUUUCCACAGGCUUGGUCUGAGUUUGGAAGGAGAUACCCCCUGAGCUCCAGCUGAGGUGCCCCCUACCUCUCCCCACCACCACAGCCUACGCUUAGGUGGUCACUGCUGCUUGGCAGUAGGACGUGGUCUCUGACUCCUGGUGGAGGGACCACUGCACAAACUCCUUCAAAACCCUCCCCCACCAGGACUGAGCAGCGUCAGUGGCAAUAAGAAAGCUGCAAACUGGAUCAAGAGCUGGUCCAGGAAAGAUACCGCCCCUGCCCUCUUAGAUGCUUCUGCUGCCCCUAGAGGCCAAGCCCCUGAAGUGCAGCCGUCCUGGCCUCCCUCACUUGCUCAACCACUGUCAGGAGGAGAGGACGCGGGCAGCGUGAGCAUCGCCAGGCAGGGCUGCCCACCAUCCACAGGCUUUCUGGCCAGGGCAGGGGGCAUCAGCUAGCAGGACACGGUGGGAGAGACAUAUCUGCACACUCAUAAAUUCAAUGGCUACUCCAGUCCAGAAGCAGGGCUUUGGCCCAGCCCGCUCCGCGCAGCAGCUGCUGCUGGCUGUACUCAGGACAACGCUGUUCCCCCUCCCUCACAGAGGCCCCGUGGCCCUUACCCCACUCCUGCCGUAACAGGCAGGUUUAGUUCACAUACACUGUUCGCAUUCUGUGACUUGAGGCAGAGGCUGAGCUGGGAUACCCCAAGCUCAUCCACUUUCGUUGGGGAGGGCGCCUCCCUGGGUUUAUCACCAGCUCCUAGCCCGGGCCGGGCGGGGAUGUCUGGGGGCCACACGGGGGCACCGGUGCAAGCUGGCAGCAUGACGGAGGGCUUGUGCAGCCCUGACGGGACCCAGAAGCCCAUUUGCUCCCAGUUUCCUCUCUCUGUUUUUUUCCUCCUGGAGGUAGGAGAGAGGGCCUGACCAGGCACCGGAUGAUGGAGCAAGGGCAGCUGCAUGCUCCCUCUCUCCAGACCAGCCUUCCGCCUUUGGGGUCCGAAGGGGCAUUUGCUCCCAUCCUGAGCCUCCUCUGCCCCUGUCUUGCUCUUCCCCACCAUCCUACAAGUACCUCAGUCUCCAGCAGGCCCACCCCUCCACCUGCAGCCCAGGGCGGGUCUGUUCUGCCAAUGCCCACCUCCUUGAGCCACAGUUAGCUGCCAACUGGGUCUUGGGACACCCUCCAGUACCUGGCUCAAGAGAUACCAGGCCGGGCCGAGCCUCCUUCCCACUGCAGUGGACCAGACCCACGGCCAGGGGAUGGGCAUCCCCAGGUAGCAAUCCCACAAUGCACUGUACCUCAGAGAGAGAGCAUGCCAGGGGCGUCAAAGGACCAAGCCCUCUGUCCAGAGGGGGACAGCGGUCACAAUACUGCUCACCAAAAGACAAAGGCCAGGCUGCCCUCGGGCACCUCUCAGUCUUCACUUUUGUCUCUCUGGAAGAACCAGCAGUCUGAUUCCAUCUAUUUCAGCCCCCGUCUCUCUCCUCUCCACCCCCACGCUGCUGAACCGUUUUCAUGUCAAUCACAAAGGAAAAAUAAGUGGGGAUGGGGGGAAAUACCUAGGAGUCUAUUAUCACAUACAUAUUAAUAUGUUAAUACUUUCUUUCUUUAAAAAAAACCUCUUGAUGUUAUUAUUUUGCAGACUACGCUUUAUAGUACCUGUGUGACGGGACCUAGAACACUGGAUACAAAUAGAGCUAUGUUGGUUUAUCAUAAUAUGUACGCAGAAACUUUCUUUUUGUCGUAUUAUCCUUGUAAUGUAAGAAGAUUGUUAAUAAAAGCAUUUAAAUUUA